AUGAAGGGGAUUUACGCCGACGGAUGCUACGACGGAUCCUUGGAGCUCCGGGACGUUUCCAACAGGAGAUGCGUUAAAUGCGCCCGCGGCCACUUUGUUCGAGGCAAAACGAUGAGGAUUAGGACGGGAAUUGUUUUUUGGAAUCUCAUCUUUUCACUGAUGUCCACUUGUGUUAAAGGAUUUAUCCACACUUGUGGAGGCACUUUAAAAGGAAGGAAUGGGACAAUCGAGAGCCCCGGCUUUCCAUAUGGAUAUCCAAAUGGAGCGAACUGUACCUGGGUGAUUGCUGCCGAGGAGGGGAACAGGAUUCAUAUAGUUUUUCAAUCUUUUGCUGUGGAGGAGGAAUAUGACUUUUUAUCUUUGUAUGACGGGCAUCCACAUCCAGCCAACUUCAGGACGAGGUUAACAGGAUUUACCAUCCCUCCACCUGUCACCAGUUCAGGCUCCAUUUUUUCACUGAGGCUUACCAGUGACUUUGCUGUAAGUGCUCAUGGAUUUAAGGCUGUUUACGAAGAGCUGAGAAGCAGCUCAUGUGGAAACCCAGGAGUUCCACCCAAAGGAAUACUGAAUGGAACUCAGUUCAACGUAGGUGACAAGAUCCGCUACCGAUGUGUCUCCAGCUAUGUCCUGGAUGGGCAUUCGCUCCUCACCUGUGUCACAAACACAGCUGGUGUGUCAGUCUGGGACUUCCCUGUGCCCAUCUGCAGAGCGGAGGACACAUGCGGCGGCACCCUGAGGGGCUCCAGCGGGCUCAUCUCCAGCUUUGAUUUCCCCGGCAGUGAACCACAAGGUGCUGGCGGCGGCGGUGGCGCAGGGGGAGGUGUCGGAGGUCUGGGUAGCAGCGGGGAGUGUAAGUGGACUAUCCUGGCUGAUCCGGGGGACACUAUCUCCCUGGUGUUCACCGAAUUUCAAAUGGAAGAGAAGUUGGAUUACCUGGAAGUAGAGGGAUCUGAACCACCAACUAUAUGGCUAACUGGAGUGAAUAUUCCAGCCCCCAUCAUCAGCAACAAAAACUGGCUACGGCUGCAUUUUGUGACGGAGAGCAACCAUCGCCACAAAGGCUUCAGGGCUCAGUAUCAAGUGAAAAGCUCUGGAGAGCUUAAAUCCAGAGGGGUAAAAUUAUUACCAGGAAAGGACAACACUAACAAACUGUCUUUGAUGAAUGAAGGAGGAAUCAAACAGGUGUCUAAUUACUGUCCUGACCCGGGGGAGCCUGAGAACGGCAAACGGAUCGGCUCUGACUUCAGCAUCAGAGCAACAGCUCAAUUUAUCUGUGAUGAAGACCAUGUGCUGCAGGGUUCCAAAACGAUUACCUGCCAGCGUGUGGCCGAGGUCUUUGCCGCUUGGAGCGACCACAGACCCGUGUGCAAGGUGAAAACAUGUGGCUCGAAUCUACAGGGGCCUUCAGGGACCUUCACGUCCCCAAACUUCCCUAUCCAAUACGAAAGUAACUCCCAGUGUGUCUGGAUCAUCACUGCCAGUGAUCCAAACAAGGUUAUCCAAAUCAAUUUUGAGGAGUUUGAUUUAGAGAUUGGGUACGAUUCACUUACCAUUGGAGAUGGCGGGGAAGUGGGUGACUCUAAAACAAUAAUACAAGUACUGACUGGGAGCUUUGUCCCAGACCUGAUUGUCAGUAUGUCUCAUCAGAUGUGGCUUCAUCUCCAGUCUGACGAGAGUGUGGGCUCCAUCGGCUUCAAGAUCAACUAUAAAGAAAUUGACAAAGAGAGUUGCGGUGACCCUGGUACACCUCUCUACGGCUACCAAGAAGGCAGUGGCUUUCUAAAUGGAGAUGUCCUGCGCUUCGAAUGUCAGUUUGGGUUUGAGCUGAUCGGGGAGAGGACAAUAACCUGCCAAAACAACAACCAAUGGUCUGCUAAUAUCCCGAUCUGCAUAUUUCCUUGUUUCUCCAACUUCACUGCUCCCAUGGGAACCGUGCUGUCUCCUGACUACCCAGAAGGCUAUGGAAACAACCUCAACUGCGUAUGGCUGAUUAUUUCUGAGCCUGGUUCCAGAAUUCACCUGGCUUUCAAUGAUUUUGACCUUGAGCCGCCCUACGACUUCCUGACGAUCAAAGAUGGGGAUCAGACUGGUGCUACCAUACUUGGCCGAUUCUCGGGGGCAGAGGUUCCAUCCCACCUGACAUCCAACAGUAACAUUCUGCAGCUGGAGUUUCAGGCUGAUCAUUCCAUGUCUGGCAGAGGCUUCAACAUUACUUAUAGCACUUUUGGUCGUAAUGAGUGCCCCGACCCCGGUGUACCAUUAAACGCCAGACGCUUUGGGGACAGUUUCCAACUGGGAAGCUCCAUCUCUGUGGUCUGCGAAGAAGGUUUCAUCAAGACGCAGGGAGCUGACACCAUCACGUGCCAUCUGGAGGAAGGCAAGGUGAUGUGGAGCGGUCUCAUUCCCAAAUGUGAAGCACCUUGCGGUGGCCACUACUCAGGUCCGUCUGGAAUCAUCCUGUCCCCUGGGUGGCCGGGCUACUACAAAGACUCUCUGAGUUGUGAGUGGGUCAUUGAGGCCGAGCCGGGACGCUCCAUCAAGAUCAGCUUUGACAGGUUUCAAACGGAACUCAGUUACGACUUCUUGGAGGUGCAUGAUGGCCCAAACCUACUUUCUCCUCUGAUUGGAUCCUUCAAUGGAACCCAAGUCCCUCAGUUCCUGUUUAGCAGCAGUAACUUCCUCUACCUGCUCUUCACCACUGAUAACAGUCGAUCUAACAGUGGUUUCAAGAUCUUCUAUGAAGUUGUUACAUUAGACACAUAUUCCUGUAUGGAUCCUGGUAUCCCAGUGAACGGCAGACGGCUAAGCCAUGACCUUUCCAUCGGAUCUGUGGUGUCCUUCCAAUGUGAUCCAGGAUACAGACUGAGCCAUGAGGAACCUCUGAUUUGUGAGAACCACCACUUCUGGAGCCAUUCACUGCCCUCAUGCGAUGCAUCAUGCGGUGGGGAUAUCAGAGGACCUGGAGGAAUUAUUUUAUCGCCUGGCUACCCUGAGCUGUAUCCCAACUCAUUAAACUGUACCUGGACUGUGGAAGUCAGCCACGGAAAAGGUGUCCAAUUCACUUUCCACUCGUUCCACCUGGAAGAUCACCAUGACUAUCUUCUGAUAACUGAGAACGGCAGCUUCGCUCAGCCGCUGGCUCGACUCACUGGCUCAGAGAGGCCUGCGCCAGUUAAUGCCGGGCUGUAUGGGAACUUCAGGGCGCAGCUCCGCUUCAUUUCUGAUUUCUCGAUAUCACUGCAAGGAUUCAACAUCUCAUUCUCUGAGUAUGAUCUUGAACCAUGUGAGGAUCCUGGAACUCCUCACUUUGGCUGGCACACAGGUUCCAGGUUUGGAAUCGGUGACUCACUGUCAUUUGACUGCAACACUGGCUAUCGCCUACAGGGGUCCAGAGAUAUUGUAUGCUUGGGAGGUGGUCGGCGUAUGUGGAGCGCCCCUCUGCCAAGGUGUGUGGCGGAAUGCGGAUCGACCGUUUCCAAGAAUGAAGGAGUCCUUUUGUCACCCAACUAUCCAAAGAAGUAUGACAACAGUCACGAAUGCGUGUACAGCAUUCAGGUGCAAACAGGCAAAGGCAUCAACAUCACUGCCAACACCUUUCACCUUGCACAAGGUGACGUCCUCAAGGUGUAUGACGGUAAGGACAGCGCGGCUCCGGUCCUCGGCACGUUCACAGCCUCAGCCAUGCAGGGUUUGUCCCUGACCAGCACUUCCAACAGUCUAUGGCUGGAAUUCUUCUCUGACCAGGAGGCAACAGCAGCAGGGUUCAGGCUCAUCUACCACAGUUUUGAGCUGUCCCACUGUGAUGAUCCAGGCGUGCCGCAGUUUGGGUUCAAAGUCAGUGACCAGGGUCACUUUGCUGGUAGUGCCAUCACCUUUGGCUGCGAUCAAGGUUACACCCUCCACGGCAGCGGGAUGCUCAAGUGCAUGACUGGCGAGAGACGAGCAUGGGACAACCCCCUCCCGUCAUGUAUAGCAGAAUGUGGCGGUACUUUCAAGGGCGAGUCUACGGGGCGUAUCCUCUCUCCUGGGUAUCCUUUCCCCUACGACAACAACCUACGGUGCACCUGGACAAUUGAGGUCGACUCUGGCAACAUUGUGAGUCUCCAGUUUCUUGCAUUUGACACGGAGGCGUCCCACGACAUCCUGAAGGUGUGGGACGGGCCUCCCGAGAACGAGAUGUCCCUGAAGGAAGUGAGCGGCUCGUUGGUGCCUGAGGGGAUCCACUCAACUCUCAACGUAGUCACCAUUCAGUUUGAGACUGACUUUUACAUCACCAAGUCUGGCUUUGCCAUCGACUUCUCCAGCUCUCUUGCAACAGCCUGCAGAGAUCCAGGUAUUCCUAUGAAUGGCAGCCGCAACGGUGAAGGGCGGGAGCCCGGUGACUCGGUGACCUUCUCUUGUGAUCCGGGAUAUGAAUUGCAGGGGGAGAGCAGAAUCACCUGCAUCCAAGUGGAAAAUAGAUACUACUGGCAACCCAGCCCUCCAAGCUGCAUCGCGCCUUGUGGUGGGAAUGUGACAGGAUCGUCAGGAUUCAUCCUCUCGCCUAACUACCCGCAUCCCUACCCACACAGCAAAGACUGUGACUGGCUUAUUGCAGUCCACUCAGAUUAUGUCAUUUCCUUGGCUUUCAUCAGCUUCAGUAUUGAGCCCAACUAUGACUUUUUGUAUAUCUACGAUGGGCCAGACAGCAGUGCUCAUCUGAUCGGCAGUUUUCAAGACAGUAAACUUCCCGAAAAGAUUGAGAGCAUGUCCAACUUUAUGUACUUGGCAUUUCGGAGUGACGGCUCAGUGAGCUACACCGGAUUUCAUUUGGAAUACAAAGCAAAACUGCGGGAGGCGUGUUUUGACCCAGGGAAUGUAAUGAAUGGCACUCGAUUGGGCACGGACUACAAGCUGGGAUCUAUGGUGACAUUUCAUUGUGAGGCCGGCUACCUGCUACAGGGCUACUCCACUUUGACAUGUGUUAUGGGCAACAGCAAGAGACCCGAGUGGGACAGAGCCAAACCGAGCUGUCAAGCGCCCUGCGGAGGCCACUUCACAGGCUCAGAGGGAACUGUCUUGUCCCCGAACUAUCCACAUAAUUACACCAGAGGCCAGAGCUGUGUCUAUGACAUCUUCGUCCCUGGAGAUUUUGUGCUUUUUGGUCAGUUUGUGGUGUUCCAGACAUUAGCCAGCGAUGUGGUUGAGAUCUACGAUGGCUCCUCCACAGAUGCUGCCCUCCUCUCUUCCAUCUAUGGAUCUCACUCAGGGGAGACACUUCCUUUGAGUUCAGGAAACAAAAUAACACUCAAGUUCUCUGCAAAUGGGACUGAAACAGCGAAAGGAUUUCAUUUUGUGUACCAAGCUGUCCCCAGGACAAGCGCCAGUCAGUGCAGCUCAGUCCCCGAGCCCCGCUUUGGGAAGCGGAUAGGGAACGACUUUGGCAUCAAUAUGGCGGUUCUGUUUGAAUGUAAUCCAGGCUACACGCUGCACGGCUCCAACGCCAUCAGGUGUGAGGCCGUGCCCAACGCCCUGGCCCAGUGGAACGGCACUGUGCCCACGUGUGUUGUUCCCUGUGGUGGCGUGUUAACUGAGCGCAGAGGCACCGUCCUCUCUCCAGGGUACCCGGAGCUGUACGCCAACUAUCUCAACUGUGCUUGGAAAAUCUCAGUUCCAGAGGGAGCCGGCAUCCAAAUUCAAGUAGUGACCUUUGCCACAGAACACAACUGGGAUUCUUUGGAUUUUUUCGACGGGGUCGAUGCCAAUGCUCCGAGGCUCGGUAGCUACUCAGGUACAACCAUUCCCCAACUGCUGAACAGCACCUCUAACAACAUGUACCUGACCUUCCAGUCCGACAUCAGUGUCUCUGCCCCUGGAUUCCACUUGGAGUACACAGCAAUAGGUUUGGAUUCGUGCCCAGAGCCGAUGUCCCCUAGUAAUGGCCAAAAAGUGGGUGACCGCUACACCGUGGGUGAUAUGGUGUCAUUCCACUGUGAUCAAGGCUUCACAUUACAGGGUAAUGCAUAUAUUACCUGCAUGCCUGGUCCUGUCAGAAGGUGGAAUUACCCCGUGCCUCUGUGUUUAGCUCAGUGUGGCAGCUCCAUGACACAGAUCAGCGGCGUCAUCCUCAGCCCAGGCUUUCCAGGGAACUACCAGAGCAGUCUGGACUGCAGCUGGAGAGUUCAGCUGCCCAUUGGCUUUGGGAUCCAUCUGCAGUUUCUGAACUUCUCCACGGAGCCCGUUCACGACUACCUGGAGGUGCGCAGUGGGAGCCUGGAAACAGGAACGGUCAUUGAUCGGUUCAGCGGCUCCGUGGUGCCAAAUUCUCUCUUCAGCACCACCCACGAGACGACUCUGUUUUUCCACAGUGACUACUCCCAGAACAAGCCAGGCUUCCACAUUAUCUACCAGGCAUACGAGCUGCAGAGGUGUCCAGAUCCCCGGCCCUUUCGGAACGGCAUUGUGAUCGGUCAGGACUACAGCGUGGGGAUGACUAUCUCGUUUGAGUGCCUAUCGGGUUACACGCUGCUUGGCGAGCCUUCACUCACGUGUCUGCACGGCGUCAGUAGGAACUGGAACUACCCCAUACCUCGCUGCGAAGCUCUCUGUGGUGGGAAUGUAACAUCCAUGAAUGGCACAAUUUACUCUCCAGGGCACCCAGCCGAGUAUCCGCACUUCCAGGACUGCAUGUGGAUGAUCCGAGUUCCUCCCGGGUACGGAAUCUACAUUAACUUCUCUGUUAUCAAUACAGAGCCAAUCUAUGACUACAUCACUGUAUGGGACGGGCCUGACCAGGCUUCGCCCCAAAUUGGGCAGUUCAGUGGAAGCUCUACACUGGAGGGCGUGUCAACCACCGCUAAUCAGAUCCUCAUCAAGUUCCACAGCGACUUCAGCACCAGUGGCUUCUUUGUGCUGCAGUAUUAUGCUUACCAGCUGAGAACCUGUCAGCCGCCCCCUCCUGUCGCCAAUGCCACCAUCCUAACUGCAGAUGACGAGUUUGAAAUUGGAGACAUUAUACGUUACUCAUGCUUGCCCGGGUUCACCUUGGUGGGAAGUGAGAUUCUCACCUGCCGACUUGGAGAGAGGCUUCAGAUGGAUGGACCCCCUCCAGUCUGUCAAGUCCAAUGUCCAGCCCACGAGGUGCGUUUUGACUCAGCAGGGGUAAUCCUGAGUCCAGGCUACCCUGACAACUACCCCAACCUCCAGAUGUGCUCCUGGCUGAUCAACGUGGAAAAGGGUUACAACAUCACUUUGCAUUUCGAACUCUUCCAGACAGAAAAAGAGUUUGACAUCUUGGAAAUAUUUGAUGGCCCAAACAUCUACAGCCAGAGCCUGGCAUCGCUCAGUGGUGACAUCGACACACCCUUCAGCCUGACCACCACAGGCCACCAGCUGCUUCUGCGCUGGUCCUCUGACCAUGGAACCAACCGCCGUGGCUUCCACAUCAGAUACGUGGCAAUGUACUGCAGUACUCCAGACUCCCCACAGCAUGGCUUUGUCGUGAGCCAGACCGGGGGUCAUGUUAACAGCAUGGUGCGCUGGGCCUGUGACAGGGGCUAUAAGCUGAUCGGAAAGGGCACAGCUGUGUGCCGGAACACCUCCUACGGCUUCUACGCCUGGGAUUCGCCAGUUCCUGCAUGUCAAGCUGUGUCCUGCGGUGUGCCCAGUGCACCGCUGAAUGGUGGCGUGCUCGCUGCCGAUUACUCCGUUGGCACACGGGUGACCUACUUCUGCAACAGCGGCUUCCGGCUCUCUUCCAAAGAGCUGACAACCACAGUCUGCCAGCCAGAUGGCACCUGGAGCAACCACAACAAAAUACCCCGCUGCACUGUCCUGACGUGCCCCAGUCUCAGCUCCUUCUCUUUGGACCACGGCAAAUGGAGGAUAUUCAAUGGUUCCCACUACGAGUAUGGUACCAAAAUUAUCUUCACCUGCAACCCCGGAUACUACCGUGUUGGCCCAGCCCACAUCCAGUGCCUGGCCAAUGGAGUUUGGAGCUGGAGAAACGAGCGGCCUCGAUGCAGAAUAAUUUCCUGCGGUGAUCUGCCCACUCCUCCUAACGGGAAGAAAAUUGGCACCCAAACCACAUUUGGAUCGUCGGCCAUUUUCAGCUGUAAUCCAGGGUUUGUUUUAACUGGAUCUGCUGUUCGAGAAUGUCUGCUGUCAGGCCUGUGGAGUGGGACAGAGACUCACUGUCUGGCAGGUCACUGCGGCGCUCCACAGCAGAUUGUAAAUGGGCAGGUGAUUGGGGAAAACUUUGGCUACAGAGACACGGUUGUUUACCAGUGCAACCCCGGCUUCAGACUCAUUGGCUCCUCAGUGCGAAUCUGCCAGCAGGACCACAACUGGUCUGGACAGCUCCCAGUUUGCAUCUCCAUCACCUGUGGUCACCCCGGCAGCCCGAUCUACGGCCGCACAAUCGGCGAUGGCUUCAACUACAAUGAUGUGGUGCGGUUCUCAUGCAACAAAGGCUACAUGCUGGAGGGGCCCUCCACAGCCCAGUGCCAGGCCAGCCGCCAGUGGAGUCAACAGCCACCAACAUGCAGAGUGGUGAACUGCACAGAUCCAGGCAUCCCUGCCAAUUCUAUCAGGGAGAGUAAGAUCGAGCACGGCAACUUUACAUUUGGCAGUGUGGUCUUCUAUGACUGCAACCCUGGAUAUUACCUGUUUGGCUCAUCGGUGCUCACAUGCCAGCCAGUGGGCCACUGGGACAAACCUCUACCAGAAUGCAUAGAAGUGGAUUGUGGUCAUCCGGGUACACCUCCCUAUGGAGUCAUGGUCGGGGAGAAGUUUACUUUUGGCUCCACUGUGCGCUAUUCGUGCUCUGGAGACUCCCAACUCAUAGGUGACUCAAUGCUCACUUGUCAACUCAAUGGACAUUGGAGUGCUCCUCUGCCUCACUGCUCAGGUGACUCGGCGGCCACCUGUGGGGAUCCAGGGACACCUGCUCACGCCAGCAGGGAGGCUGGCAAUUUUAAAGUACGCAGCAAGGUGCGCUUCACCUGUGCAGUGGGACACACGCUGUACGGCUCGGCGGAGAGAAUCUGCUUCCCCAACGGCACCUGGUCAGGCAGACAGCCAUUCUGCAAACCCGUUCAGUGUGGAAACCCUGGCACACCUGCUCACGGCCGUAUUUCCCACGUGGACGGCACAACAUUCUCCCACUCCAUUGUGUAUUCUUGUAUGGAGGGCUAUUUUCUGACAGGCUCGCCCAUGCGCCAGUGCCUCGCAAAUGGCACGUGGUCUGGCACGGCUCCAAACUGCACAUUGAUCACUUGUGGUGACCCUGGAGUUCCAGCCAGUGGACUCAGAUCUGGUGACGACAUCACAGUGGGCCACAAUGUGACUUUCACCUGUCAGCCAGGAUAUGUGAUGACAGGAGGCGACAGCAUUGUCACAAGGACUUGCACCACCAAUGGCACCUGGAGUGGCACUAUGCCAUUAUGCCAAGUGAUAACGUGUCCCAUGCCCUCACCCAUUCCCAAUGGCCUGGUGGAGGGUUCGGUCCUGGAGUGGGGUACCAGCGUGAGCUACAGUUGUCUGCCUGGCUACGAGCUGUCGUUCCCUGCUGUGCUCACCUGCACAGGCAACGGAACGUGGAGCGGAGACCUGCCUCAGUGCCUGCCCAAGUUCUGCGGCGAUCCGGGUGUGCCUGCCAAAGGACGCCGAGAAGGACGGAGUUUCAUCUUCAAGUCAGAGGUGAUGUUUAACUGCAAUGCCCCCUAUGUGCUGGUGGGAUCAACAACACGAAUGUGCCAGGAGGACGGCACCUGGACUGGGUCUCAGCCUCGCUGUAUAGAGCCCACAAGAACCACUUGUGAAAAUCCAGGGACACCUGAGCAUGGCUUCAUGAAUUACACAACAGGAUUUAAGGUCGGCAGCAGAGUGGAUUUCCAGUGCCAGCAAGGGCACUUACUGCAGGGCUCAACCACCAGACUCUGCUUGCCAGAUCUCACCUGGACCGGCAUCCGGCCGUCCUGCAUCCCACACUCCUGCAAGCAGCCGCGUAGCCCCGCCAACGCCGACGUUGUGGGUCUGGACCUGCCCUCCUAUGGCUACACCCUGGUGUACACCUGUCAGAAGGGUUAUUUCCUCUCAGGGGGUUCGGAGCACCGUGUCUGCCGCUCUGAUGGCAGCUGGACCGGCAAGGUGCCUGUCUGCAGAGUCGGUUCCAAAUCACAUGAGAAAACUGUCAAAUCAGUAUCGGGGACCUUGAGCCCGAAAAUAAAUGUUCCUGAUGACGUCUUCGCCUCCGGUUUCAUCUGGAAGGGCUCUUACGAUUACAAAGGCCAGAAACAGCCCAUGAUGUUGACGGUCACAAGCUUUAACGGCACAACGGGAAAAGUCAAUGUAACUUUAAGCGACAGUAACGUGGAGUUUCUGCUCUCCGGAGUGUACAAGCGCCAGGAGGCACGGUUAAUGCUCUUGCUGUACCAGAUGAGAGCGCUGGCCCACAGCUACUUGAGCAGGAUUACUGAUGAAACCUGGGCAAUGGAUGGAUUUGUUUCAGCCGAGCCUGAGGGUGGCAGCUACGUGUUCCAAGGAUUUAUACAGGGAAAAGACUACGGACAGUUUGGAUUACAAAGACUUGGCUUGAGUGCGAGAGAGAACGCUACAUCUGCUGAACCCGAAACUAACGGCUCCCCAAACAGCAGCUCCGUUGCCCUCGCUAUCCUCGUGCCUUUUUUUGCUCUCAUCUUUGCAGGCCUGGGUUUUUAUGUCUAUAAACAGAGGAAAACAGAUAAAGCCCAGUACACAGGAUGUUCUGUGCACGAGAACAACAAUGGCCAGGCCACGUUUGAGAAUCCCAUGUACAACACCAACACAAAAGCUGCUGAGGGGAAAGUCGUCCGCUUUGACCCCAAUCUCAACACCAUCUGCACCAUGGUUUGAUGUCUACUCACAGCAAUAAUGGACAAUUUGCUUAACAUUUAUAUCAACAUAUUUACAUUUACCCUGUCGCUGGUGAGACACGAGACAGAUGUGGACAGGAUUGCUCCGAAACAUAAAGCACAUAUUCAGCAAGUCGCACAGAAAUUGCAAAUCAUCGUAUUUUAGAGGUUUAAGAGGAGAAAAUUGGAGGUCCCACACUUUUCCACAUUUUCCCGUAGGUCAGUGAAGAGAGUUGUUCUUUACACUCUGUGAGUGUUGGCUUUAUGAAAUAAUAAUAAUAAAAAAGCCUCCGGCAUAUAGCUGAAUAAAGUAUUUUAUGCUCUGUAUUAUAAAUACGUACAGAGGGGUUAUUUCACGAUGCCAAAUGAUGAGUUAAAACUUUUCCAAGACUACACCCAUUAUUUGUCUUAGGUGCUCAUUUAUUUCGCAGAGAAGGAUGUUCUCUUACGGAAGCGAUGAGGGUUGCCACUCCGAGUGAAUCAGUGUAAUCUUUAUUUUACAAGCAGCAGGGUGUGUGAGAGAGGUGACAGUGAAAUAAAAAGUGACACAUCUAUAGCCUGCUCAAAGUUAUAUGGUCGAUUGUUCUUCUUAAUUGGAUGUUACCUGCUGAAGACAAAAUAUACGGCCAGGGAUUUUGUUUGCGUAGUGCAUGGAAUGCCAGGGCUUUUAUUACUACAGUGCAGGUUCUCUGUAAUUUUAGAAUUGUAUUUUCUUCAUGAGAGAUGGCAUAUAUAUUAGAAUUUAUUACAAGUUGUAUGUAAGUGUUUUCUUUUUUGU